CCUGUGAGGGCUCCCUUCAUUCUUCAAAAAACUUUUGUUGAGAUUUCUGACAUCCAAAUGGAAAGAAGGUUUAUGUAGCUCCGAAAAUCCUAGAAUGGAAUCAUGGAUGACUUUGAAAGUAAACCCAGUUUGAGUUCUUUGAAGCGUGAAUUUCUUUUACGCCAACCUAUCAGACCUUUUAUUAGUUCUACAUUCACAGACUUUCAGAUCGAGAGAGACUACCUGGUUAGGAAUGUAUUCCCCCAACUUAAUGCACAGUGCCGAGAACAUGGGACUUACUUUGCCCCAAUUGACUUGCGAUGGGGCAUUACCAAAGAACAAGCAAACACGGGUAACGUUAUCAAGCUUUGUUUGGACUACAUAAACCAGUGUGCACCAUUUUUCAUCUGUCUGCUAGGAGAGAGGUACGGAUCUCAUAGAUCCCCCGAAGAGCCCCCGUUACCAAAGACUUACAAAGAACUUGGGAAGGAUGCCAGCUGGCUUGACAAGAACUAUAUGAUUGCGGCAGAGAACGGCUUUUCAUGGAUUCUGCAAGACUCCUUCCAGAACAGUAGUAUCACAGAACUUGAGAUUAUCCAAGCCUCUUUCUUGAAUGAUAGUCCUCAUGUUCGCUUCUAUUUUCGUGAGAUGGUAAGACUGGAAGACUUAUUUCCGGACCUUUCAGAUGAUUGGAAAGAAGAACAGUUAAAGUCAUUCAAGAGUGAGAGUGAAUAUGCAGAGCUGAAGGUUAGUGACCUGAAAAAGCGUAUAACCAAUAAGGGCUUAGAUGUCCAGUUUUUCCGUACACCGGAGCAGUUAGGCGAGUUGAUCCUGAACGAUUGGAAGCAGAUAAUAGAUGAGUGCUAUCCACCAAUCACUGCACUUCUCAAUGAAUAUGGAGGGGAGCUGUUUGAGGAGUGGUGUGCCCAUGAAGCAUUAGCACAGACAAGAACACGCGUCUAUGUUACAAAUCCAAUGAUUCUCGAAUUGUUCGACAAGCUGGGCAGUCACGCUGUGGAUGCCCUGGAAGAUCACCAUAACGAUUUAACUGAUUCACCACGUACAGUAGUCUCAGUCAAAUCAAGAGAUACUGAACCUGUGUCAUUGAUGAUGUUGGUUGGAGAUAGAGGAUGCGGUAAAACUGCCUUCCUAGCCAAUUGGGUGAAGCAUUUCCAGGCACAUAACCCUGGUAUGAAGGUGUUGUCCCACUAUGUUGGAAGCAGUGCAUUGAGUUCGGAUAUUACAAGCUUCAUGCGACGUGUAACUUUUGAACUCAGGGAAAACUAUUCUAAUGAUGAAAGUGAGGAUUUACUUGGCAGUAAUAAUAUGGAUUUUCAUAGCAUUUGUGAAGCUUUUUCAGCGGCUCUCCUGAUGGGUCCCUGUGUCAUGGUAAUAGAUGGUAUAGAUGAGCUUGGAGGUAGCUACUCAGCCAGUGCACAGCAGGUGAAGGAGAUGAAUUGGCUUCCAAAUCCACUACCAAACCAUUGCAAAGUAAUCAUAUCAACAAUUAAGUCAGACCUGACCUACAAGUCCCUGCUUAGCCGUCCAGAUGUCGUUAUUCACCAAGUGCCUGCGUUCAGCGACGCGACAGACAAAGCGAGCAUCAUGGAAAAGCACCUGGCGCUGUACUUCAAAAGUUUGGAUGCACAUCAGAUGGAACAGGUUCUGAAUUGCCCGAUGAGUGACCGGCCGCUGUUUCUCACAAUCCUGGCCAAUGAGCUGCGCGUGUUUGGCUCAUUCCACAAACUAGACGAGAUGCUGUCACAGUACUGUGCAUGCACAUCGUUUCGUGAUUUAUGGCGGCGUAUCAUUGAACACUGGUGCAAAGCCUAUGGGUGGCAAAGGGAUGGGUUCAAGUCUUCCCAUUCGGCCGGCUCCAUGACAGGGUCAAACUUCUCAGGCUGGGUUGUCGAUUUACUUUGCCUUAUUGCCACAUCACGCCAUGGGCUAUCGGAAUCGGAGCUACUUGGCUGUCUGCGACUGUUGGGCUAUUCGGGCCAAACUGAGGUCACUCGCUUUGAUUUCGCCAGAUUUAGACUUGCUACACAAAGUUCUUUGUGUGAAAAACCAGGAGGUCUGAUCACAUUUUUCCAUAACCACCUUCGAGAAGCAGUACAACAUUGUUUGUUAGGUUUAUUUGGAACCGGGGCAUCAGACAAUCAGAUUGGUUCAUCGUCUGCUCUUAUGCAGUCUGUUCUUCAUCGUCAAAAGCGGUUCUACAGCGAAAUUCUUGCAAAGUAUUUCUGGGAACUACCUCACUCUAGUAGAAGAACAUUAGAGUUACCAUGGCAACUGGAUAAAAUUGGAGACAUGGAAUCGCUUUCCAGUGUUCUUUCGCAACCAGAAGUGUUCUCGUCUAUGUAUGGGGAUGGUUGCAAGUACCAGGUAGCUAUGAAGAUAGAGUUGAUGCAGUAUUGGAACGUGCUACGGAAUCAGGAUGAACCCUACAACCCCGCUGAAAUCUACACUGACAUGGUGCAUGCCACAAUGCAGAAUGAUAAAGAAGAGAAUAAUAUUUACCCAGAAGACGACGUUGAAAUACAACUAAAUGGAUCUGAGUCAGACAAUAGUGAUGUUGAUGGAUUAAACAGUGAUGAAAACAAGAGUGAACUGGAUGCAAUUGAUAAAGACAAUUUGGUGGACACACAGGCGGAAAACAUUGGUGAGACACAGGGAGAUAGUAGUCUCAGUGAUACUGAAUCAGAAGGUUCACAAAGUAGGGAUAAAAACGAUAAGAAACCUCGUCAUGAGAUAGAGGUUGCAAAGCUUGCAAUGAAUGCUGGGAAUUUUCUAAACGAAUGCAACAAAUUUGAAGCUUCAUAUCAACUCCUCGCAAUUGCUCAUGAACAGCUGUUGAAGAGCUAUCCAUUGACAGUUGAAGAGCAGUUCCUUUUGGUGAGGGUUAAGGAAAGUUUGGGUAAUUGGAACUUGUACCAGUUGAACACAGCUGAUGCUGAAACAUUCUACCAGAAGGCACUGGAGACAGUCAACGAAAUACAAGAUGAGCAUGGAACUAAAAAGCGACAAAUUGAAGAAUGCAAAGGUCGACUGAUGACUCACCUGGGUCGAAAAAAAGUAUUUGAUGGACACAUGGUUGAGGCUGAGAAACUUCUUAAGGGUGCUGUUGGAUCAAUGAAGAAUGCAAACAGUACCAUAGGUCUAUCUACUGCCUACUACAACUUAGGAACUCUGAGGGCAAAACAACAUAAGUAUCAGUCUGCAGAGAAAUGUUUUAGAGAUGCUCUGAAAACGAGGGAGAAAUGGUACGGCAGGUCGCACCCCCUUGUGGCUGAAGUUCUUAAUGAGUUAGCUGGCAUCCUGUGCAAAGAACAUUAUAAGAACUCUGAUAAGUUGCAAGCUGAAGCAUCCUACAGGAGAGCACUCUCCAUUCGCGAGAAAUCACUGUCUAAGGACCAUCUGCUAGUUGCAACUACACUUUUCCAUCUUGGAAAGCUGUUGAGAUCUAUUGGAACUUACCAAUGCAAAACAGAGGCAGCCAUUGUACUCAAGAGAUCUCUUGACAUCCGGACUACAACACUUGGUUCCAACCACAAGAUCACCAAUGCUGUUCGUUCUAGUCUGAAAAGUCUUGAGAAGGAGUUGCAACAAGGUGAGUAUACAGAUGCCACAUCUAAACAACCGGAUAAAAGAUCUCGAAGUCAGCCAUUCAGUAAUAUGUCGUGGCAUGACCAGGAUCUCGUAGAGUUUGAACGGCAGUUAAAAGAGAAGGAGAAGCAAGAGGUAGUGCAGAGUAAUAACGUAAAUGGAGACUUUAGAGAAUAUGGACGAUCCAGUGGAUGGCAUGGUAGUGAGGAGUCAUUUUCCCAGUCUCCAUCAAGGUUUGAAGCCCUCAACGAUACUGACAUUUGCAGAUAUUCUGUCAAGACAAUUGAAGGACGUGCUAAUUCAAAAUCACCUGACAUUAUCUCAAAUUAUUCUGAGAGCCAAAAACCAAAGCGACCUGUAAUUCCUAAGAACACCAGAAAGGGUAAACAAUUAAGUGCUAAGUUUAGGGAAAGGGAGUUGGAUUAUGGUGGUUAUUCGAGGCAUGGAACACCAGAGUUUGAUCUCGAAGAAUGUAUAUCUUGCAGCACCCCCAAUGGUCAAAGGACAGAACAUUUAUUUAGUGAUGAAACCAAGGGCAGACCAUAUAGCAGUGUAAGUCAGAUAUCGCAUGUAUCACAUUGGUCAAGAUGUAAUAUCUCGAGCAAGUUUAGUAUUGACACAAGCAACGCAAUGACCAUUCAAGGACCACACAGCCAGGUUGAAGCUUUGCUUGGUGACCCCCCUUGCCCGAGGGACAUCACUCCCGAGCCCAAGUAUAAGGCAUCUUGGUACCAUGUUCCUGGGAGAUAUUCUAAACAUGCUCUUGAUUACCCACCAAAGAGAUAUCAAUCUAGGCCCAAUAAAGGGAAUGCGCUGAACAAGAUAUAAUACAGGACUUCAAGUAGGAUUCAGACUGUGAGCAAAUUGAAUUAGUCUAGAAGGCAAAAAAUGAGUGUCAUAAAAAUGGAGAUAAACAGUACUUUUAAAGCCCUGUCCAGACUAUCAUUUUAUUCAGUAGUCUGUUACAUGCCUAAAUAUGGUCAUGAUGACAUCACAUCAUGACCAUAUAUAGGCACUUCAUGACUAUAUAUGGUCAUAAAACAUUUUUUGUCAAAGAAAAUUUAUAAUCUGGACAGAGCUUUAUAAUUGUAUCUAUAAUGGACCUGUUUUGCUAAGGUUCACCCUGUAAUAAUUUGUUAUGGUUCCACAUAAACAAUGUUUUGCAGGUGCAUUGCAAAUACUGAUUUGUGGGACAUGCAAAUAUCUUUCGUAUUAAUAAAUAAUAAUAAUGGUCGACUUCAGUUCUGUUUGCCGUAGCCCUCGAGGAGCCAUAGGCAUUUCAAAUGAUGACCAUCUUCCUUGCAUUUACAAUCCAUUCUGAUCGUCGUCUUCCUAUGGUUGACUUGUAGAGCGCAUAUUGUAGAGACCUCUAUGCGCUUAACAUUAUUACCCCCUGUCAUUGGAUCAAACAUCAUAUGGAACACAUACUCAGCUUCCUGGAGAGAAUUCCAUAAUGUUGCAGCUGGGUGGAGAGACAACCGUAGGUAAACUGCCUUGCCUAAGGACACAAGCGAAAUACACAACAAGGGAUUGACCUCUGACCUCAAGGUUGAGAAGCAGAACCACAGCUGCUGGUCCAAACUUUCAUGUUCAUGCAAUUUAACACAAUUUGCAUGUUCUCAAGUGCUGCAUACUAGUUAUGACUAAGCUCAAUGCAAAAUUACUGUAAAAUACAUCAACAAUCUUCAGGAACAUAAACUGAAAUUUCACAAGGAUGCGUUCUAUAACAACUUUGUGUAGAGUUCUAAGAACCUUCCACUUUAUCCCCCAUUAUUACCAUUGUGGCUCAAGCUGUAGUCUUGGUAGCGUCAAAUUCUUAUUAUUUCAAUGAGAAAAGCCCAAAAUUCUGUUUUGCAAGCAUCUUUUUUUUUUUAGUAUUGUACAGCACUGUACAUAUGAUAAUUGAUAUUUUUAAGCACAUUUUUAUUUUCUUAAAUAGUCUCACGAUAUUUAUAAUAUAUUUGAUAAUAGUUUUCUUUAAUAAAUCUUCUGAAUCCAGUUGCAUAUUAGCUAGAGAAUAGACAGUACUUUUAUGUUUAAAAUCUUCUUUUCUGAUUGUGUGCAAUUUCUUUUUAUAUAUAAAUUAAUAGAUAUAUUUUAUAACAAAAAUAUAUAUUUUCCACAAAUAAGUCGGUAUAUACAGGUGUUAGAUAUGCCUAUCCAAAAAAGAAUAACAAAAUUGAAAGGCCACCAGCUAAAUAUAAUAAUUGAAAAAUAUUUUCCUCACUUAGUUAAUUACCAAAUGUCUUUUAAUAUUUUGCAUUUUUUAUUUUCUUUACUGAUUUACAAACUAACAUAAAAAUUCUUGUUUUGUUCGUAUUUACAUAGUUUUUUUUUUAACUUUUGGAUAUGGAAAAAUACAUGCAAGUCUAAACAAGACAAGGUAGUUGUCAAACAAAGCUAGCUGAGUAUUUGAUGCACAAUUAUAUAUACAAUAUACAGUGUAGAUAACAUUUAUAGCCGAUUGGUUAAAUGCUACAUUUAUAUUACGCAUUCAUUGGUUUGGUUACAUAAAAUGUUAUGCAAUGGCAACCAGGUAUCAAACCUGUGUUGAAUUUAAUUAAUUGAUUACAACGAAUUAUGAAGGGCUUGUUUAUUGCUGUAAUUAUACAAUUUAUAUGCUAAAUUAUUUAUAAUUAUUAUUAUUAGGCCCACCGAAUUUGUUAUUACUCACGUUUUUUUAAAUCCCAUCUUUUGUUUUUCACUACCAACUUGUCUACCGGUACUGUACUGUAUAUGUUGCUCAUAAAUGUGGUUUACUCCGAUUUUUGUCAGUGACCGACCAUAGUCAUUUGGGUAUGAGUUUUGUUAUUCCCUUCCAAACGUGUGCUUCAAGUGUUUUAAUAUUAACGAUUUACAUUUUAAUAUUAAUUUUUUAUCAUAUUAUUUCUUGUACUGUACUUUUAAAAUGUGUAAUUCUGAUGAUUGGUUUAACAAUUUUAUAUCUUUAAAUUUCUACUUUUUAUAUUUUUGCGACCAACAAAUUUCCGUAAACAUUGUUAUGAACUAUAUUAUAUUUAUAGAUUGUCUAAAUAAAGUUAUUCGGU